GUGGGCUUUUCCAAAAAACAGAACUGUCAGAGGUUUUAACUGAAAUAGUAAAGAUGGAUCCAAACUUUGACAAGGAGAAAUUUCUUAAGGAAUGUGAAGAUGAAAUUAUACCAAAUAUUUUAGAAGCAAUGAUACGAGGAGAUUUAGAAAUUUUGAAGGAUUGGUGCUAUGAAGGACCAUUUAAUGUGUUAGCAACACCUAUCAAAACAGCUCAAAGCUUAGGAUACCAUUUUGAUUCCAAAGUUCUUGAUGUAAUGAAUGUGGAUCUGGCUAUGGGGAAAAUGAUGGAGCAAGGUCCGGUUUUAGUUUUGACUUUUAACUCACAACAGAUUUUAGUUGUUCGUGAUGCCAAAGCAAAUGUUGUGGAAGGUGACCCUAAUAAAGUUUUGAGAAUGCAUUAUGUUUGGGCCCUUUGUAGAGAUCAAACUGAGCUAGAUCCCAAAGCUGCGUGGAAGUUGCUCGAUUUAUCAGCCAGCAGUACAGAGCAGUGGUUAUGAGUAUAGCUAUUUUAGAAAUGUAUAUAAAAUGAAGCAAAUUAACCUCUUGGAAGAUUGUACAAAAGAACAUAGAAUAUGUCAAUAUUUUGUUGUAUAUACUGUAAAAUGAGCAUUUCAUCUGAGACUAUUAACGCUCUUGGCAGCAAGCCCAUUUCUUUGCGACAGGUUCAACCAGAAACACCUUUGCUCUUUUAUGAAGGCUCUGCCAAAGAGUUGAAAUAAAUCAUAGCAACAUAAAAAUUUUAGAAAACUUU